CUUUUAAAUUUUACAACUCCCUAUAAUCCAUUCCAGAAUGACCAGUGCGCAUGCCGUUCUCGUGCCAUUUCCGGCGCAAGGCCACCUCAUUCCGGCGAUGCAGCUGGCCUCGCUCCUACAAACAAGGGGCUUCUUCGUCACCAUCGUCAACACCGAGUUCAACCACCGGCGAUUGAUCCGGUCGAAAGGGGCGGAGUGGAUGCGGAGCUUCGAGAAUCUCCGGUUCGAGACCAUGCCGGAGGGCCUGCCGCCGUCCGACCGCGACGCCACCCAGGAUCCCGUGGCGCUGUGCGACUCGAUCAGGAAGUCUUGCCUGCCCGUUUUCCGGCGGGUGCUUGGGAAGCUGGCUGCGGCGGCGGAUGUGCCGAGAAUUACUUGUAUAAUUGCCGAUGGAGCAAUGAGCUUCGCGAUUAAGGCGGGUGCCGAAUUGGGGAUUCCGGUGUUUCAGCUGUGGACGGCCUCGGCUUGUGGUUUCAUGGGCUACCUCUCUUACCGGGAACUCCAGAAUCAAGGGAUGGUCCCCUUCCAAGAUGACAAGUUCAUGGAGAAGGGAUUGCUAGAGAAAGAAAUAGAUUGGAUUCGGGGCAUUCCCAACAUAAAGCUCAGAGACUUCCCUAGCUUUAUCCGAACAACAAACAAGGAUGAUGUCUUGUUCAACUAUCUGAGAGACGAAGCUCAAAACUGUCUACAAGCAACUGGAAUCAUCUUCAACACAUUCAAUGCACUCGAACAUCGAGUCCUCGAAGCCAUCUCAUCCACAUCUCCACCAACAUACAACAUCGGCCCUCUCUCCUUGCUUUCCGAUGAAAUUUCCAAAAACCAACAAAUCUCAUUCAAGCCAAAUCUAUGGAAAGAAGAUAGAAAAUGCUUAGAAUGGCUAGACAAACAAGCCAGAAACUCUUCAACCAUGGUUUCAAUAAGUGUGACAUUGAUUUCCGAGAAACAUCUAGAAGAAUUCGCAUGGGGAUUGGCCAAUAGCAAGCACCCGUUUCUUUGGAUAACCCGACCUGACAUCGCCAUGGGCGAGUCGGCCCGGUUUCCCGCGGGUUUCGUUGAGGAGACAAAGGGGAGGUGCUUGAUCGCGGGGUGGUGCGCCCAGGACGAGGUGCUUCUGCACCCGUCUGUGGGCGUGUUUUUGAGCCACUGUGGAUGGAACUCGACUCUGGAGAGCAUUGGGGCGGGUGUGCCGAUGUUAUGCUGGCCAUUCUUCGCGGAGCAGCAUACAAACCGACGGUUCGUGUGCGUGGAAUGGGGAAUGGGGAUGGAGGUGGAUGAGGAUGUGAGGAGGGAGAAGGUGGAGGAAGUUGUGAGGGAGGUGAUGGAAGGGGAGAGAGGGAAGGUUAUGAAGGAGAAUGCUUUGGAAUGGAAGAGGAAAGCGGGAGUGGCUACGAGAGUUGGUGGUGAAUCUUAUCAUGAUUUUGAUAGGUUGGUGAAUGAUAUUCUUGGUUACAAGGAAGUGCAAAAAAUUAUUAGUUGA